AUGGGUUCAGAAGGAGACGGUAAGACCUUGAGCAGUGAGAAAAGUGAAAGAUUGGAAGGAGCUGAAGGGGAUGGUGGUGAGGAACUAGAGGUGCAAGGGGGAGGACGAGCUGAAGGAGAGGAGAGGGAUGGAAGGCGGAAGUCUUGCGGCGUCGAGGGCAGAGGAAGGUUGAAAAACAAAGGAGGAGAAGAGGUGGCUGGUGCGGGCAGAGUUGGAGAUGGUGGAAGGAGGGUGGUGGAAGAGGGCAUGGGUGGUGAAGGAGAGGGAGGGGAGGUUGGGGCUGAGAGGGAAGGGGGUGGGGGAGGAGGCGGAGAGGAUGAUAUGGGUGGUGGAGAUGACGAUGGAGGGAGCACCAUAAGGGAAGAGGAGGAGGAGGAGGAGGAGGAGGAGGAGGAGGAGGAGGAGGAGGAGGAGGAGGAGGAGGAGGAGGAGGAGGAGGAGGAGGAUGGUGAAGAUGAAGAUAGCAGCGACGAGAGAAGUCCAGGUGGGGAGGAUGCUUAG